UCCCCUGGGCGCGCACUCCAGCCGCCGCAGCGCGAUGGAGGCGCCGGCGGAGCUGCUGGCCGCGCUACCUGCGCUGGCCACCGCGCUGGCGCUGCUGCUCGCCUGGCUGCUCGUGCGGCGCGCACAGGCGGCGAGCUCGGACCCCGCGGGCGCGUCCCCAGAGCCUGCUCCCCAGGCUGAGGACAGCGGGACCUCCGCGCUGCGUAGCCCAGGGGCCCCGGAGCCGGGGGCUGCGCCUGAAGAGCAGGGGGAGCCCGUGAGGCCCGAAGAGGCAGAGGAACAGGCCGCCGAGGCGAAGCAGGAGCAGGAGCAGGAGCAGGAGCAGGACCCAGCAGAGCCUGAGGAGGAAGAAGGAGGAGAGGCCUUCUCCUUCAAGUACAGCCCCGGGAAGCUGCGGGGAAACCAGUACAAGAAGAUGAUGACCAAAGAGGAACUGGAGGAGGAACAGAGAGUGCAGAAAGAGCAGCUGGCGGCCAUCUUCAAGCUCAUGAAGGACAACAAGGAGACGUUCGGCGAGAUGUCGGACGGGGACGUGCAAGAGCAGCUCAGGCUCUACGACAUGUAGGCCGCUGCCCAGCGGGACGUCUGCGACCUGCGCUGUGACCCUGCCCUGACCCAUGACCCCAGCCUGUUACUUUCGGACUUCUGUAGGCUUCCUGUGAUCUUAUAUCCAGACGUAGAGGUGUACGGCAGACAGGUUUGCUUGGUUCUUGCAGUUUCUACAUGACGUUACAGGCGUUAGGACUUUGGUCUUCAGAGGAGAAAGUCCCCGACUCUUCUGGCUUCUGCCUGCGGGGGCGGUUCCAGCUGUUACACAGGCCGCCCUCCGAGGCUGUCUCCGGACCCCCCAGGGCAGGUGGCCGCCUGGGAGGGAUGGCUUGUAGCCUCCGCCCCAGCACGGCUGCGGAAAGGACACACGGUGCAGCAGGGAAGGUGCCAGCAGGGCCUGCGCGUCCCGUCUGCUAACAAUACACUCUCGUUCUGCCUCUGGAAGGCUCUGUAACUGUGUGGGAGCAGCAGCAGGGGAGCACUCUGAGCCGAAAGGCUAAUUCAAUCUCACCCUCCAUCCUGGAACACAACCACUAUCUGAGUUAGGCCCUGUGAGUUUCCCUUGUUUAAGCACGGGACUCCUCUGCUUGUAAUGAAAGCUUACUUGAGCGCUCGACACUGGCAGAUGGAGGAACUAGAUGACGGGACCGGUGCCUGCCUUUCUGGAGGUCGAGUCCUUUGGGGAAGGCGGGCACGUAUGCGGGGAGGAGGACCAUGCCAGGGGGCAGUCCUGAGAAUGCCCAACGACCUCAGGGACGGUGUCUGGGACACGGUACGGGAGCAGCGUGUUUCUGUGAGUCGGUGAGCACGAGGUGAUGGCAAUGUCAGGGGCUGCUCUGAGCUGCUCGGGCCUGGUUUCCGGUCACCCCACUGGCAGGAAAUUUCAUAGCCAACUGAGUUAGGGAGAACCCAUGAAGUUCUUAAAAAUAUUUUUUUAUUUGCUGGAAUAAAACUAAACCAGCCCUGACUGGUGUGGCUCAGUGGGUUGACAUCAUUCUGCAAAAGGCCACCAGUUCAAUUUCCCGUCAGGGCACAUGCCUGGGUUGUAGGCCAGGGCCCCAGUGGGGGUGCGUGAGAGGGGCAGCCCACCGACAAUUCUCUCGCACAUCGAUGUUCCUCUCCCUCUCUCCCUCCCUUCCCCUCUUUAGAAAAAUAAAUAAAUAAAAAAUAUUUUUAAAAAACCCAGAAGACCUAAAUCAACACAUAGAAUUAAAUGAAGCCAUGUCAUCUGACACACCUCAAGUCACAGCGAUGGGGACAGUCGCCUUCCUCUCGCCCCCAAGCUGGCUGCGGCCUCCCUCGCCCCUCACCCCACCCCCUGCUGUAACUCCUGCUGCUGCUUUGCUGACAUCUGCACUGGUCUGCGCGGCAGGAGGGGCUGCUGUGUCUGUUGUUACAGCCAAAUGUCAGGGCUUUUUACUCCUUUCAAAUUUUAUUUUUGUCUUUUUUGGCAUGCUUUUUAAAACUUGUAUGAUUAGAGAAUUGUCUGUUCCCUUUCUGGGGUCUCGGGGACCCCCGUGUCCCCUGGAGGCAUGCGGUGGCCGGGCC